AUGAAUGUAUCAUAUGGCCAACACGAGACUAUAAUUGAUCAAAAGGAAAAUUUAAAUAAGGAUAUUCAAAAAAAUUACUAUUUUGAAUCAAGUUUUGGACAAAAUUAUAAAAAAAUAUCAAGGCCAAAAAGAGCUGAAAGCCUACAUAAUGUACUUAGCUCUAGUGAGACAAGUUUAACUAGUGAAAGUAUUAAACCGUUGAUGUCUUCGACCUUGACUAGUUCCUCAACAGAUUCUCCAAAUAUUGUUUAUGAUGUAGGGCCUUCUAAUACUUCAAUAUUGACCAUAGUUCAAGUAAAUGCGUCUUCAUCAUCAGCCACAAAUAUAUCUGAAGUAAAUCCGUCAGAUGCAGCACCCUUACCUGGAAAAAGUUCUGCUGAAGAUGAACAUAACAGUUCAAUGGCUAUAUUUUUUGUAUUAUGUAUUUUAGCUCUUGGUAUCUUAUUAAUUCAUCUUAUGUUGCAAACAGGAUUUUCAUACCUUCCUGAAAGUGUUGUUAUUGUAUUUCUUGGUGGUUUGAUUGGUAUGAUUAUCAAUUUGAUGUCCAUAAGAAAUAUAGCCAAUUGGAGGAAAGAAGAAGCAUUUUCUCCUACAGCUUUCUUUUUAGUGCUCCUUCCUCCUAUUAUUUUUGAGUCAGGGUAUAAUUUACACAAAGGCAACUUUUUUCAGAAUAUUGGAUCCAUUUUACUGUUUGCAAUAGUUGGAACGGCUAUAUCUGCGUUUGUUAUUGGAGCUGGUAUAUAUUUAUUAGGAUUAGCUCAAGUGGUAUAUAAAUUGAGCUUUGUAGAAUCCUUUGCUUUUGGAUCCUUAAUUUCGGCUGUUGACCCUGUGGCCACAGUAGCUAUUUUUCAUGCUUUGGAUGUAGACCCAGUAUUAAAUAUGUUAGUGUUUGGUGAGAGUAUUCUUAAUGAUGCUGUGGCUAUUGUUCUUACUACUGCUGUUUUGGACUCAAAUGAUCCAAUGAUGUCAACAUAUGAGGCCAUUUUGUCAGCUAUAAAUAGGUUUUGGUUGAUGUUCUUUGCUUCUGCUGGCAUUGGAGUUGUUUUUGCACUAAUAAGUGCACUUUUACUUAAACAUGUUGACCUUCGGAAAAAUCCUUCUCUUGAAUUUGGAAUGAUGUUAGUAUUUACUUAUGCACCCUAUGUUCUUGCUGAGGGUAUCCACUUAUCAGGAAUCAUGGCAAUACUUUUUUGUGGAAUUGUAAUGUCUCAUUACACACAUUUUAAUCUUUCUACUGUGACACAAGUCACCAUGCAGCAGACAAUGAGGACACUGGCUUUUAUAGCUGAAACAUGCGUAUUUGCUUAUUUGGGUUUAGCUAUUUUCAGUUUUCGUCAUCGUGUGGAGCCAGCUCUUGUGGUUUGGAGCAUAGUUAUGUGUUUACUGGGAAGAGCAGCUAACAUAUUCCCGCUUGCAUUACUCUGCAAUAAAUUCCGUGAGCACAAGAUAACAAAGAAAAUGAUGUUCAUAAUGUGGUUCAGUGGAUUACGUGGCGCAAUCUCUUAUGCAUUAUCACUACAUCUUGAAUUUUCUGACGAGACUCGCCAUGUCAUCAUUACGACGACCUUAAUUAUUGUGCUGUUUACUACAUUAUUCUUUGGUGGUUCUACAAUGCCCUUGUUGAAAUUUUUACGAGCUAACAAAAAGACAAAACGCUCACGAUCACUUCGCAAGCAAAAGGAAGUAAGUUUGUCUAAAACUAAAGAGUGGGGCCAAGCUAUUGAUUCGGAACAUUUGUCUGAAAUAACAGAGGAAGAACUUGAGGUUAAUUAUUCUCACGCGACAAGAUUGAAAGGCUUUGUACGGUUGGAUAUGAAGUAUCUGACGCCAUUCUUCACUAGAAGAUUCACUCAUCAGGAAUUAAAGGACUGCAAGAGUCAAAUGACAGAUUUGACUAAUCAAUGGUACCAAGCUAUCAGGAUAUCUAACGAUCAUGAUACAGAUGAGGAUGAAAGUUUGCAGCAAAGCUCGAUAUCCAAUUCUCACACCAGCCUCCAGAGGGGAGUUUAA